UCUCGUAUCCAGCCCAGCCCCGUUAUUCAAACGCAAUCUUAAACCCUUCUCUAUCCCCAACCCCAGAGCUCUCCCCCCUGGUCUUCCUUCCUCUAACACCACAAUGUCUCUUCUUCUCAAAUCACUCCCUCUUAUUACUUUCCUCUCCAAACCAUCCCUUCCUCUUCUCCACACCAUUUUUAAACACCACUUUCCAAAAACAAUCUCCAAAAGCACACAAAGGUUUUUCUCUGUUUCUGCUUCUACUUCUUCUCCUUCUCCUUCCACUGAAGCCCUUCUCAAACCACAACCAGUAUCCUUCAAAGAAAGUCUCGAUUGGGUUUCACGUACUGGUUUUUGUGGCAAAUUAUCCGUAAACGAUGUGGGUAAACGAGUCCGCCUUUGUGGGUGGGUCGCGCUCCAUAGAGUCCAUGGCGGGCUCACUUUUCUGAAUCUUAGAGACCACACUGGCAUUGUCCAGGUUACCACUCUUCCUGAUGAAUUUCCCGAUGCUCAUUCUACCAUAAACGAUUUGAGGCUGGAGUAUGUGGUAGCUAUUGAAGGGGUUAUUCGGUCUCGGCCUAGUGAGUCUGUCAAUAAGAAAAUGAAAACUGGCUUAAUAGAGCUUGCUGCAGAGAAUGUUCAAGUAUUGAAUGCAGUGAGAUCAAAGUUGCCAUUUUUAGUCACCACUGCUGAUGAUGCUAAAGAUUCUGUCAAAGAGGAAAUUCGUUUGAGAUUCCGAUGUCUUGAUUUACGGCGGCAACAAAUGAAUUUUAACUUAAUGUUGCGGCACAGAGUAGUUAAACUCAUUCGAAGAUAUCUAGAGGAUGUUUAUGGUUUUGUGGAGAUUGAGACUCCUAUACUUUCUAGAUCUACCCCAGAAGGGGCUCGAGAUUAUUUGGUGCCCUCAAGAGUUCAGCCAGGAACAUUCUAUGCUUUGCCCCAAAGUCCCCAACUCUUUAAGCAAAUGUUAAUGGUCUCUGGUUUUGACAAAUAUUAUCAAAUUGCAAGAUGCUUUAGAGAUGAGGAUCUGAGGGCUGAUAGACAACCCGAGUUCACUCAACUAGAUAUGGAACUGGCUUUCACUCCCUUGGAGGACAUGCUGAGGCUCAAUGAAGAUUUGAUUCGAAAGGUUUUUUUGGAGAUUAAAGGUGUUGAGCUGCCAAACCCAUUUCCAAGGCUUACUUAUGCUGAAGCAAUGAGUCGCUACGGUUCAGACAGGCCAGAUACAAGAUUUGAUCUUGAGUUGAAAGAUGUGUCUGAUAUUUUUGUUGAGUCCCCCUUCAGAGUGUUUGCUGAUAGCUUGAAAAAUGGAGGAAUUCUCAAAGUACUAUGUGUGCCUUCAGGUGCUAAAACUUAUUCAAAUACAGCUCUUAAGAAGGGUGAUAUUUACAAUGAAGCAAUCAAAUCUGGAGCAAAGGGAUUGCCUUUUCUCAAGGUCUUGGAUGAUGGGGAGAUUGAAGGAAUCCCUGCAUUAGUGUCAAGUUUGGAUCCAUCAAACAAAGAACAAUUGCUGAAACGAUGCUCUGCUGGGCCAGGGGAUCUUAUAUUGUUUGCAGUUGGUCAGCAUGCAUCAGUUAAUAAGACUUUGGACCGACUUAGAGUGUUUGUAGCCAAUGAGAUGGACUUGAUUGACCAUUCCAGACAUUCAAUUCUAUGGGUGACUGAUUUCCCAAUGUUUGAGUGGAAUGAUACGGAACAGAGGCUUGAGGCCUUGCAUCACCCAUUUACGGCGCCCAACCCUGAAGACAUGGAGGACCUUUCCUCUGCUCGUGCCCUUGCUUAUGACAUGGUCUACAAUGGGGUUGAGAUUGGUGGAGGAAGUUUGAGAAUUUAUAAGCGCGAAGUUCAAGAAAAGGUUUUGGAAAUUGUUGGCAUCUCUGCUGAACAGGCUGAAGCAAAGUUUGGAUAUCUCCUGGAGGCUUUAGACAUGGGUGCUCCUCCACAUGGUGGAAUUGCAUAUGGGUUGGAUAGACUGGUUAUGUUGUUGGCUGAUGCUAAUUCCAUCAGGGAUGUCAUAGCUUUCCCAAAGACAACAACUGCACAAUGUGCACUCACUCGGGCACCAUCAGAGGUAGAUCCACAACAGCUGAAAGAUCUAUCUUUUAAAACUCAAUAGUUUCUCUUUGCAUGUUCAUAUAUGCAGAGGAGUUGUUUUGGUUCCCCACGCUGUCACAUCAAUCGACAUGAUAUUGAGUUCAUUACUUCCUGCACUAAUUCAAGUUUUGGUUUAUGAGAGGUUAGUGUAUCUAUUCAUUGAACAGUAAAGAAUGUAAUAAUAUAUUUAAUGUUUUUAUAGUUUUCACAAGAUCUUCUGGAGCAUAAGGAAUUGCUAAAACACCAAUUUAUAAGGUUUUGCCUAGUAUUUAUUUUUCCUACUAUGCCUGCAAUGCAAACUUGUUGGUAGUUUCUUCUGUGA